AUGUCUCAACGUGAAAAAGAUGAACUUGAAGUAUAUCUUAAUGAUAUAUGCCCAAACUUCACGCAGAUGAGAAAAGUACUUGGUGAAAGUAAGGCAAAGUCACCUGCUGUAUGUAAUACAACAACGCCCUUGGACUUAAACAAAGCCCAAGACAUGAGCAAGGAUGAAGACGGUGAAGACGGUGAAAAUGAUGGAGGUGACGAAGCCAGUGAGAGCAGCAAAAGCUGCAAAGACCAAGAAGAACAGGGAGCUGAUGUCAGCAAUGAGAUCAGUUCUCAGAGAGAGGCCAUUGUCCAAAGCAAUAGUGAAAGCAGCACCUCCGAGCACUCUGACGCCAGUGCGUACAGUGGCAAAAAACGCCCUAAAUUCUUUGGCAAGAUUGUGAAGAACACGGCAAAAAGAUCAGUCAAGAGCAUAGAGGAUAUUGGGCAUGGUAUAAAAGAGUUCAAUGAUGCCCGGAUAUCGCUCUUAGAAUCAAAGUACGAGGAAGAGCUCAAGAACCAGAAGGAGAAGCUGCAAAAAGAGCUUCAAUGCGAGCAGCGGGUAAAAGGAGUGAUCCUUAUGGCAAAAACAUUUGACUGGUCUGAGGAGAAGACUAAGAAUGAAUUAGAAGAGGUGUAUAAUCAAUACCUUAAUUAA